UUUCAGAACAUCUUCGAUCAAUUAAUGUCAGUGACGUCAUUCUUCCGUCGGUUUUCAAUCGACGUUGACAAUGUUGGCGGCUCUUCUUCCACAUCUGCACCUGGCUCGGCGAGCAGCAGUGGACCAACGAAACGUCGUGGAAGGAUAGCUGCUUCAAUUGAUUCAGCUCGACGACGAUUGUCUUUACAACAUGGAGCAGGUGGUCAGGAUCCUGUACAUUUGCAAUCCAUCGCGUUACGUGGCAGAGGAAAAAGUGAAAAUGGAAGUUUGCCCGAUUUGAUUGAGAAACGGGAAACACCUCCAACUACAGCAAAUACGGGAGUAUCGGCGACGAAGCGUGUUUCCGUGAUUGCCACUGACAGAGAUAGAGCCUAUUUUUUGAGGCAGAAGAAUAUGAGGAACAAUAAGGGCCACGCUGAAAAGGACCUCCUAAAAGAAUUUCACAAAUGCAAAGAGGCGCAGGAUCAGAGAUUAGAUUUGAGCUCAAUCGAGAUCACGAGCAUUCCGUCGCCGAUCAAAGAGCUCACACAGCUGACAGAAUUGUUCUUGUACAAGAACAAGUUGACGUGCUUGCCAACGGAAAUAGGUCAACUGGUGAAUCUCAAGAAACUUGGUCUCUCUGAAAAUGCGCUUACAUCUCUUCCGGAUUCACUUGCUUCUCUGGAAUCACUGGAAACAUUGGAUUUACGGCACAACAAGUUGACAGAGGUUCCAUCGGUCAUUUACAAAAUCGGGUCGCUCGAAACAUUAUGGCUGAGGUACAAUCGAAUUGUGGCAGUUGACGAACAAAUUGGAAAUCUGUCAAAAUUGAAAAUGUUGGAUGUUCGUGAGAAUAAGAUUCGAGAGUUACCAUCUGCAAUUGGAAAACUGACGUCACUGGUUGUGUGUCUUGUCUCUUAUAAUCAUUUAACACGGGUUCCUGAAGAAAUCGGUGACUGCCAUUCCCUGACUCAACUCGAUCUUCAACACAACGACCUCUCAGAACUACCGUACUCAAUAGGAAAACUCGUGAAUCUUGUUCGAAUCGGAAUUCGAUACAAUAAGAUUCGAUGUAUUCCAAGUGAAUUGGAAAGUUGUCAGCAGCUCGAGGAAUUUAUUGUAGAGAGCAAUCAUUUGCAAUUACUACCGCCAAACCUGCUCACAAUGCUUCCAAAAAUCCACACAGUGAAUCUCUCACGGAACGAGUUGACUGCAUUCCCGGCAGGCGGACCUCAACAAUUUGUGUCCACAGUCACAAUUAAUAUGGAACACAAUCAGAUUUCAAAGAUUCCAAUCGGAAUAUUCUCGAAAGCAACACGAUUAACAAAACUGAAUUUGAAGGAAAAUGAGCUGGUCUCGUUGCCUUUGGACAUGGGAUCUUGGACAUCAAUCACCGAGCUCAAUCUCUCCACAAAUCAAUUGAAAGUUUUGCCAGAAGAUAUCGAAAAACUUGUGAAUCUGGAAAUCCUUGUGCUGUCCAACAAUCAACUGAAAAAGCUUCCAAAUCAAAUAGGAAAUCUCAAUAAACUCCGCGAGCUGGAUCUCGAGGAAAAUGAAUUGGAGACCGUUCCAACUGAAAUCGGAUUUUUACAACAUCUUACGAAACUGUGGGUUCAGUCAAACAAGAUUUUGACUCUACCAAGAUCCAUUGGAAAUUUGUGUUCGCUUCAAGAUUUGCGAUUGGGAGAGAACAAUUUGACAGCGAUUCCCGAGGAAAUUGGCCACCUCGACUCAUUGAAAUCUCUAUACCUCAACGACAACUCCUCUCUUCACAAUUUGCCAUUUGAGUUGGCACUGUGCCAAUCGCUUGAAAUAAUGUCAAUCGAAAACUCUCCACUUUCUCAGAUUCCACCUGAAAUCACUGCUGGUGGUCCUUCACUUGUGAUACAAUAUCUUAAAAUGCAAGGUCCCUAUCGAGGAGUUGUGAUGAAUUCUCAAUAAUUCCCCCAAUAUUCUACUUCAAUUCAAAAAACCAUGUUUCUUGUCUUCUACGGGUUGCAAAACUUGUUUUCGCUCCAAAAUGUUUUUUUUAAUGUUUUAUUUUUUUGAAACUGAAAAGUCACUUUUUCUUCUCAAAAUAUCAUAUUAAUAUGGUACUUUUCCAAUUCAAUUGUGUCUUCCCGAUUUUUUCUCUCAAAAAAGGUUUUGUUUAUUAAUUAUUUUCAAAUUGUGAAUUCCAAAAACUUUCUCUCGUCCAGUUUCCCAGCUCCCCCGUUGCAUUUCCCCCUUCUUCCAAAAAUUUUUUUAUAAUUUUUUGUUCCAAAAUUCUUGUUUCUUUUAAUGAAUUCUAACAAAAUCAGAA